GCGAUCAGAGGAAGGCUGGCCCCGGAGCGUCGCGGGGCGUGGGGGAAGGGGUCUCCGUGUAAGGAGGGGUCGCUGUCAGCCGCCUGGGGACGUGGAGGGUGGGUGGGAGCGGGCCUCCAUCUCCCGUCUCAGCGCCCGCACCCUAACUCUUAAUUUGGGGGCGCUGUCCGACCUGCCCCUUCCCGCGAGGAUUAUCGCCUGGGGAGUAGGGGUUGCGGCGUCUGUUAGGGCACCACUAGCGGAAGAAGAGGCGCUGGAUCCGGGCCUCACCCCCCACUUCAGUGUCCCGGGACCGGGGGAUUAUCUAGGUCUCAUCGCCCUCGUUAGCGCCCCAGGGAGAGGGGAGCGGCUUUGUUACACCUGCAGCUGCUUAAGAAAAGAAAAAAAAAAGGAAUUUUAACAAGGAAGCUGACUCAGGAAAAGAUCAAGAAGUUGCACAUCACAUGUUCGUUAAACCUCUUCUCCUGUUUUCUCUCAUGACCUUUCCUUGUUUAGAUAACCCAGCUGUGGUCUCCGGAGCCUGCGAUUGCAAGGCCACCUUUGCGCCUCUACUGUGAGCCCCAACACCCACAUCUUCGCUGGAGCUCACGAUGGGGAACCACUUGACAGAGAUGGCGCCCACCCCCUCCUUCUUGCCCCAUUUCCAGGCCCUGCACGUGGUGGUCAUCGGGCUGGACUCAGCUGGAAAGACCUCCCUCCUUUACCGACUCAAGUUCAAGGAGUUUGUCCAGAGCGUCCCCACCAAAGGCUUCAACAUGGAGAAGAUCCGGGUGGCCCUGGGAGGGUCGCGCAGCAUCACCUUCCAAGUGUGGGAUGUGGGUGGGCAGGAGAAGCUGCGACCACUGUGGCGCUCCUACACCCGCAGGACUGACGGGCUGGUGUUUGUGGUAGACGCUGCGGAGGCUGAGCGGCUGGAGGAGGCUAAGGUGGAGCUGCACCGCAUCAGCCGGGCCUCUGACAACCAGGGUGUGCCUGUGUUGGUGCUGGCCAACAAGCAGGACCAGCCCGGGGCUCUGAGCUCUGCUGAGGUGGAGAAGAGGCUGGCAGUCCGAGAGCUGGCUGCUGCCACGCUCACCCACGUGCAGGCCUGCAGCGCUGUGGACGGGGUGGGUCUGCAGCCCGGCCUUGAACGCCUGUAUGAGAUGAUCCUCAAGAGGAAAAAAGCUGCCCGGGGAAGCAAGAAGAGACGGUGAUCCCAGGCCGCCCCCUCCUCACCAGUAGGGGUCUUUAUACUUGGACAGCCAGGCAGAGCCUGUGGCCCCUCACUCAGCCCCAGGGUGCAGGACCUGCCCACCUAAAUGAAGGACUGAGGCGCCCACACCGGGUGUCCUGCUUUGGUGUGGUACUGGGGAGGGGGAUGUGAGAUGGGUUGUCUACUCACACCUCCCCUAUCCUCACCUCUAGACAUGGGGCUGCAGAACUGAGGAGGCUUCAGUAUAAACUGCAAAUCUACCUCAACCUUGUUUCUUGUUUUUCUCUGGCUUUUUUAUUAGAUGUGUUUUAGGGCAAAGGAAAGUUACUUGGAGGAUGCAUUUGGUAUGGGGUACUGUCUCCCCAUCUCCCAACGGGGGAGUCCCCCCAGGCUGCUUUCCUAGCGAUGCCAGUGUCUGUGUGAAAGUGCCAAGAACCUCUCCCCACAUUUGUAGAUCCACUGCCAUUUUGUAAGCUAUGUGUGUCCUCUGUAUUAACUAUUUUUUAGCAUUUAUAAGUUAUUAAAGACUGAUGAUACUGUAUGUCUAA